UCCAGGAGGGCCGGGCUAAGAAUGCAAAUGAGCCCCGUAAGCGGCUGAAGGGAGAAGAAAGGCGAAGCGGUUGCAGGAGCGACUCAGCCGCCGCGUUAGCCAGCCAGCCAGCCCGCGAGGCAGCAGGAAGGGUGCCCGGGAGGGGAGCAGCCACAAAGCCAGCCGAGCCCUUCCCUCAGGCAGCCGCAGCCGCCAAGCUCCGUGCGAGAGCAGGACGGCGCUGCCGCUGCUGCUGCUGCUCGUGGCCGCCGAGCUGGGCUUUGUCUGCUGAGAGACGCCGGUGGUACCCACCCCCUUUGCGCCAAGCCAGCCAGCCCGCGCAACUGCCUGCGCUUGUGGGGAAGGCGAGAAGGGACGCUGCGCGAUUUGCAAGGCACAGAUUAACUUUCCAAGAUGUCCUUUGGGAGAGAUAUGGAGCUGGAACACUUUGACGAGCGCGACAAAGCACAGCGCUACAGCCGAGGGUCGCGGGUGAACGGCCUGCCUAGCCCGACCCACAGUGCCCACUGCAGCUUCUACCGCACCCGCACCCUACAGACCCUCAGCUCCGAGAAGAAAGCCAAGAAAGUCCGCUUCUAUCGCAAUGGGGACCGCUAUUUCAAAGGGAUUGUAUACGCCAUCUCUCCCGACCGGUUUAGAUCUUUCGAGGCCCUGCUGGCUGAUCUGACUCGGACUCUCUCUGAUAACGUCAAUCUGCCCCAGGGUGUGAGAACAAUCUAUACCAUUGAUGGAGUCAGGAAGAUUACCACCUUAGACCAGCUGGUGGAAGGAGAGAGCUAUGUGUGUGGUUCGAUAGAGCCCUUCAAGAAGCUGGAGUACACAAAGAAUGUAAAUCCCAAUUGGUCAGUGAAUGUGAAAACCACCUCUGCUGCCCGCACAGUGGCCUCUCUUGCCUCGGCCAAAGGAAGCCCUUCAGACCAGAAGGAGAACAAGGAUUUCAUUAGGCCUAAACUGGUCACAAUCAUCAGGAGUGGUGUGAAGCCCCGUAAAGCAGUCCGGAUUCUGCUUAACAAGAAGACAGCGCAUUCAUUUGAGCAGGUUCUCACUGAUAUCACUGAUGCCAUCAAACUGGAUUCUGGAGUAGUUAAGCGCCUGUACACACUGGAUGGGAAACAGGUGAUGUGCCUUCAGGAUUUUUUUGGCGAAGAUGACAUAUUCAUUGCAUGUGGCCCUGAAAAGUUUCGUUAUCAGGAUGACUUCUUGCUAGAUGAAAGCGAAUGUCGGGUCGUGAAAUCCACUUCCUAUACCAAAAUAGCUUCAACACCACGUAGGAGCACUACCAAGAGUCCUGGUCCGUCUAGACGCAGCAAAUCUCCAGCAUCCACCAGCUCAGUUAAUGGAACUCCUGGUAGCCAGCUUUCUACUCCCCGCUCUGGGAAGUCUCCAAGCCCUUCUCCCACCAGCCCAGGAAGCCUGCGGAAACAGAGGAGCUCUCAGCACAGUGGCUCCUCUACCUCACUAGCAUCUACCAAAGUCUGCAGCUCCAUGGAUGAAAAUGAUGGACCUGGUGAAGAAGUGUUGGAAGAAGGCUUCCAGGUUCCAGCCUCUAUAGCAGAGAGAUAUAAAGUUGGCCGGACUAUAGGAGAUGGAAAUUUUGCCAUUGUAAAGGAGUGUAUAGAAAGGUCAACUGGUAGAGAAUAUGCUCUGAAAAUCAUCAAAAAAAGUAAAUGUAGAGGAAAAGAGCAUAUGAUCCAGAAUGAAGUGGCCAUUUUAAGAAGGGUCAAGCAUCCCAAUAUUGUUCUUCUGAUUGAGGAAAUGGAUAUGCCCACUGAGUUGUACCUUGUCAUGGAGCUUGUAAAGGGCGGAGACCUUUUUGAUGCCAUUACUUCCACAAACAAAUAUACAGAGCGGGACGCUAGUGGGAUGCUGUACAAUCUGGCCAGUGCCAUUAAAUAUCUUCAUAGCUUGAACAUUGUCCACAGGGAUAUCAAACCUGAGAAUCUGCUGGUUUAUGAGCACCAAGAUGGGAGCAAGUCACUGAAGCUGGGAGAUUUUGGACUGGCCACUAUCGUUGAUGGACCUCUUUACACCGUCUGUGGGACACCUACUUAUGUAGCUCCAGAAAUCAUUGCAGAAACUGGAUAUGGCCUGAAGGUGGACAUCUGGGCAGCUGGUGUGAUUACUUACAUCCUGCUGUGUGGUUUUCCUCCAUUCCGUGGAAGUGGAGAAGAUCAGGAAGUCCUUUUUGAUCAGAUUUUGAUGGGACAAGUAGACUUUCCAUCUCCCUACUGGGAUAAUGUUUCUGACUCUGCAAAGGAACUUAUUACUAUGAUGCUACAGGUAGAUAUAGACCAGCGAUUUUCGGCUUUGCAAGUCCUUGAACACCCAUGGGUUAAUGAUGAUGGCCUUCCAGAGAAUGAGCAUCAGUUGUCUGUAGCUGGAAAGAUCAAAAAGCAUUUCAACACAGGCCCCAAGCCCAACAGCACAGCUGCUGGAGUUUCCGUUAUAGCAACCACCGCUCUUGAUAAGGAGGGGCAGGUUUUCCGACGAAGACGCAACCCGGAUGUGAGGGGGCACUGCAAGGCACAACAAGCACCACCUGAUCUCAACUCCGAAUCGGAAGACUAUUCACCCAGUUCAUCUGAGACUGUUCGCUCACCUAAUUCACCCUUUUAAUAAAACACUUUUGCUGAAAGUCUUGGCUUAACCCUUUGAGAUUCUGAAAACAAACAAACAAAAAUCCUCCAAACCUGUGUGCAACUGUUUCAUUUGAUUUCUUCUCCUUCUUUUUUUGUCUGUAUCAGUUGCUUAAAGAAGGAACCACAGAAAGGGUGCUUACAGUAUCUUUGUAAUAAUAAUUUCCUAAAUGACUGAAAUCAUCUUUGUUCUCUGUCUAGAUUGUGACUUGCUGCUAAAUAUGAUCCUCAAAGGGUUAAGACUAUUUUGCUUUUUUCUAAUACAUAUAUAUAUAAAUAUAUAUAUAUAUAAUUUUCAAAGGGGAUAGAAGCAAUGAAUGUUUUCAUCAGUCAAGCUACAGUAUAUGACUUAAGCAUAUGUUAACCCUCUGAGUGCAUAAUCUUAAAUAAUCUUGACUUGCCCCAAAGAGGGCUUUAUCAUCAACACAUUUUCCUGCAGCACUCAAAUUGGUGGUUUAGCCGAAGUGCUACGUAAUUACAGGAUCUGGAUUGUGAUUUUUGUAGAGUCUGGUUUUUAUGCUCUUAUGCCAGGAGUACAAAUAGUCACCCAGCAGCUACUGGGAUCUUUACAAAGCAAACCACUGGGCAUCUGAGUUGUUGGAGAGAUCAAUGAUAGUUUUGUUUGUUCUCAUGUUUUGCUGAACAAAGCACCCUCCUUUUAGCACAUUGAACCUAGAAAUUCUAACCAUUUCUAGGUGUGUUCUGCCAUGAUUACUUGUUGAAAUAAUGUCACAGGCAGUAGAGCUGUCUAAGAACAAUCUGUUUAGGGUGCUGUUUGUAGUUCCCUGGUUGCUGGCUGCAACACAGUUUCAUGGGAGUCUAUAGUGGAAUGAAUUCCCCAUCAUCCAUACUCUGCUGUGCACAAAGUCCUCCUUUCUGUACAUUCUUUUUAAAGAGACAGGUACAUGCAGAAGGCAUGUUUGGGAGCAGGCAAUAAACACAAUCAGUUUUGGUUUUUUUCAUGCCAUGGAUUGUUCCUCUGGGCGUUAUUGUGGUGUUAUUUAUAUGGUGAGGGGUGUUAUUUACAAUGACUGGAUGGGGGGAUGUUUAACAGAGGAAAUUAUUCUACAGACAAUGUAAAUUAAAGAAGAGAUUUGAAAUUCCAAACAUAAAUAACCUUUGUUUUAAAAAUAAAGUGGCUAGCACUUACUCACCUAAUGUCUUUGUACAAAUAUAUUUACCAGAAUUUAGUCUGCGAGUGUGUGAGAGAGAGACAGACAGCAAAUGGGACAAAAAUUCCAAAAGUAAAUGUUUCAUCAGUGCUUUGAAAACAUAAUUAACCUACAAGAAUCAUUUGGUUUUUAAAAUAAUGUUGGUUACAAAAUGUAAUAAUGUUUGUAAAAAUGGUCUCUGUUCAUUCACCAGUCACUCUAGUUGAAUUAAAAAAAAACCUUGGUUUUUAA